UACACUUCCAAGAUGAGACUGAUUCCAUUUUCUCUGUAGUCUCUGAUCAAAACAUUGCAGGCAACAAAAUAGCCUUUCAAGCCCUCUCUUCUCCAAGCUGAACAGGCCUAAUCUCUCAGACUCUCCUUGUAGUUCAUGUUCUCAAGCCUCCUUGAGAACCUGCACCUGCUGGUGCAGUCCAGAGGCCAAGCCUUGCUAGUAAAAGCAGCCUUUUCCUUUGUCAUUAGUCCCCCAUCUUACUGAGCAAUAACCCCAUCUUCUUCUGCUAUAAAUGUACUUAGGGAAACCUUUCCUGUUGCACUUUGGCUUUCCUGACUUUAUUCCUCUAUGUGCAAACAUGAUCUUUGUGUUCCUUCCAAGUAUCUGGUCUCGAUUUCCAUCUUCUGUAUGCUUCCUUUUUGUGUUUGAGCUCACUCAGGAGCUCCAAGUUCAUCCAUCAUGGCUUUCUGCCACAAUUGCUCAACUGUCUGAACAUUGUAAUGGACUAUUCGUGUGCUCUGAGGCAGCUGCCCUUGAAGAUUAGCCAGCUCUUCUGGGCCUCUGCUCUCCAGGGCAAUUUCCCACAGAUCCUGCCAAGCAGGUCCCUGUAAUCUUCUCAUCUGAAGUCUAUGGUUGUAAUUCUGUUCUUUGUCUUGCUGCUCCUCUCAGGAUCUGAAAAUCCACAGUUUCAUGCUCACCGCAGCCAAGGCUGUCCUUGGCUUCUAUAUCAUCCAGCAGUUGCUCCUUGUUUGUGAGUCGCUGUACCUCUUUGAGGGUAUCAAUCUCCAAAUAAUUCCAUACUUCUAAUAUUUAUAAAAUGGAGAUGGUAGCUUUAUUUUGUCUUAUGUCAGUGUCAUCAGAGACACUCAACCAGGAGAUAUUAAGUGUGUGAAAAGAAAAACUAGUCUGCAAAUGUCUCACCAUAGAAAGUUCAGUUCCAGCUUGGGACAGAAAUGUGGCUUCCAUAGUUUUAGCUGAAUCAGUUUAUUUAUCUAGCUGGCUGAUACAGUUUUUUAAUAUAAAAAAGCAUCCUGAAAGUAGUAAAUCACAGCAUCUGAUUCAUUGUAUUCUGUAGUAGACUCAAAAGAAAUGAAGAUUUUUAAUUAGUUUGGUGUCCUUCACUGAUAUCAGGAAAUUUGUUCUGCCUAUUUGGAGGACAAUUCAUGAGAUACAGGGGAAAAAGAAAACUGAAGCUCUGGUGACUAUCUAUUUUAUCUAUUUUCUCUUCCAAAGGGACACACGCUUCAGGACUGACCAAGUACCAUGGCUCAAUGGACCUUUUCAGGCUAGAGUCAUGGCUUAGCACAACACUGUCUCUUAAGCUCUAGUCCUCUGGCUGUUCACAAAGUGAUGUAGUAAUUUCUCUGAGGACUAAAGAGGAUGUCACAUAAACCAGCAGUUCCCCCUGAGUCAUCCUAUACUUACCUACAGGUCAUUAUACCAUUUUUGAUCUGGUGGUGUCUCCUGAUUGAUAGAACCAUGGAAAUUAUUCAUAUUCAUCAAUUUGCUGCAGAAGAGAGAGCAUGGAGAAAAGGGAGAAUUGGGGAGCAGGGAAAAGGGACCACUAGAGCACUGAGCCAGAGGCAGGGGCAGGAAGCAUGCAAAACCAGUGUUCUGCAGAGAUAUACAACAAGUUUGUAGUAUUGCCAUACUGAUAACUUCAUUUGGUUUCUUGUGUAUUGGGUAAAAAGGGUUGAAACCUAUAUCCCCUUUAUCAUACACAUCAAAGAAAAUUCAGAGAAAUCUGAAAUAAAACACUCCUCUUAGAGGCUCUUUGUAACACCUUGAAGGGUGAAAAGCUUGGAUGUAGAAGCUAUUUAUAGUGUAUUUGAAUGUGCUAUCUGAAUGUGCCUGUAAGUAGACAGUUGCCUUUUAUUCCUAUACUUGUAGAAAGAAAUGAUGGAACUGUUCUGGAAGCCUUACUGUGUUUUUGUUAACUUUUGCUAAAAGUCUUAUCUAAACUGGGUGGUACUCUAUUAGAAGAAUCAUAACAUGUUAGAAGGAUAUGAUGAGGAUAAGCUGACAUAGUUUUCAGACAAUUCAGUUGUUUGUACAUCUUAGAGAUCUGUGGAUGAAAAUGAUGGAACUUUCCCUUGCUUUAUAGGAACUGCAGAACUUGUGCCAAAAGAACUUAUAGAGGUUUAUGUAACUGAUGGUAUGAAUGAUAUUCAACAUCAGUUGCCAGAGAUAUAAAUAAUGAAAUUAUUAUGCAUGUGACUCCCUGCAAUGAAUGUUAAAUCUGUGUAAAUGUGAGUAUCUGUUGACUGACUGACAAGUGCCUCUACCUUUUCUAUUCAUGGAUUGCACAAUGAAGUGACUCAGAUUGUCCAGUAAAGUGCUCCAUGCCACAGGGAAUUUGCUUGGUACAUGCAAGCUAAUUGAUUAAAUCACCUCCUUGACAAGCCAAGGAGUGCUGGUUAGCUGAAGUACCAGUUAACUGGAUAAGUAAGGACAAGAAAUAGAAAAUAUUGACUACAAGGACUUGAUACUAUAUAUUUGCACCAUAAAUACACACUAUAGUGUCUGUGUGUAUAUACAUAUGCUAUAACAUAAAUCUUAUAUGGUUUGUGGUUUUCUGUAUCCUGAGCAAUUUCAGACAGAUGGGCCUUGUUUUCCAUCUGUUCUUCACAAUGAUUGCACAUUAAUUUAUUUCUUUCAAAAUACAGACCUGGCUAUGAGUGUCUGUCCUUUGGAAUUACUGGAAUUCGAGUGCCUGUCCUUUGGAAUUAGUGGAAUUCUUACUGGGGUUUCCUCUCGGGUCCAUCUGAAAAGCCAGUGCAGAAACAGCCUGCCACAAAGGCAGCAUGCCAUCCCAAACUCAGCACCCCAAUGCCUGAGCACCUCCAUCCAACAGUUCACAUUGCCCCCUGCUUAUCCCUAAAUGAAAUUUGAUAGAUUUAACCUGGGACUAUCCCAAAAUAGUUUGGGAUGUGAUUAUCAGAGGCCACUCCCUGUGUGAUACUGCUGAAGAUGGUAGCAAUUGGCUGUCUUAAAGCUCUUAACUCUUUCCUUUAAAAGACGGGGUUGUGGUGGCAAAUGAUUCUCCCUGCAUUGUCCUCAGUCCUGUGGUCUGGUACAGUAAGAGUCUUCUCUUCAGUCUUCAGAGGAGAGGUAUGAAAAUAAAUGUGUUGUGAUUACUCUUUGUUGAGGAGGGGCUUUGUUGGGCAGAGAUAGAUGUAGCUAAAUCUGGUUAAAUGUUGAGAUUUUAUGAUUUGAGAACUAUGCCUAUGUUAAAUACACAUUUCCUUCCAGUACUUUGUUUUUGUUCUAUACAUGGACUGUGUUUCUUUCACCUUUGGAUUCCACACAUGAAGUGUGUUUCUUUCAUCUCUCAAUAAAAGUCAGUUAAAAUUAAAAAGGAAAUACUAUCAUACUAAAAGGCAAAGGUGUUCUGUGGGGUUGCUUGAACUCUUAUAAAAAUUUAAGUCAAUGUUAUAAUUUUGCAGUUUGCUUAAAUUGUUAUCAUAACUGAAAAUAUUUUAGAGUUUUGAGGUGUAUUAUUACUUCUGGUAAUGAAACAGCAAAUAAGCAAAACCAAACAUCUGUUGGACCACGGAGUUUGCACAGAGAGUUUCUGGAUAAAACUUAACGUAUUUAUUAACAUGUGGUCUAGGGAAUAUGAAAACAUUGUCUGCUGGCACCAAACCAUUUUCUUUUGUUGACUGUCAGGAGGGAACAUAAGGCAUUUCUCAAAAUUGUGACUAAGAUCUUAAUAAGUAGCUCCAAAAGUGGGGGUAUCUGUGCCUGUAAUUAAGUGAGCUGAUCAGGUUUUCCAAAGUGCUAAGAUGCAGUGAUGUCUGCUGAAUCACCAAGAGGCACUGAGAGCAUUACAUAUUUUGUGAAAAAAUAGGCUACUUAUUUCACUAGCUAGAGGUGGGAGGGGAAAUGACAGCCUAAAAUUUCAAUGUCACAUUGCUUUCGACAGGCUUUGUCUGGAUGGAUGUAUCCCAAGUGCUUUCCCCAGUCUCUGUGGCAGGGAAUAGGCUGACUUUUCUCCUCUACCCCAUGAACUGUAUUUUUAUAACAGUCUGUGCAGAAUGGGUCCUCUCUUCCAUGGUUGCUGAGCUUUCCACUUUCUUCACUCUAGAGGGAAAGCUGCUGUCUAGGGUGGAGGGGAAGGGAGUACAACCACCAAGUGACAUAGCAUGAACUUUGCUAUCAUUAUAAAUAUUUAUUAACAGGUCCUGUAAAAAAUGAGGAAGAUGCUGAAGAUUUGCUGUUCUCUCAUUCUCUUAAGUUUGCUCAGUGGGCAAUUCAAUGCCAACCCUGGACUCAAAGUGAGGAUCACCCAGAAGGGCUUGGAGUAUGCCAAGGAGGUUGGGCUGGAAAUCCUGAAGCAGAAUAUGGAAAAGGAGCGUUUCCCUGAUUUGACUGGCCAUGAGAAAUUUGGGCUUGGUAAUGUCAAAUACAACAUCUCUGGAAUACAUGUCACUGCUGUUGAAUUACCCAGUGCUUCCAUCUCCCUCCUACCUGGGUCUGGGAUAAAACUGGUGAUAGGAAAUGCUUCUCUAACCAUCGACAUGAACUGGAACAUAAGGACCUGGAUGUUCAAAGAUAGUGGAAGAAGCACAGUGCACAUUUCAAAGGUGUUUGUCACUGCAAUCUUUUCAACUCCUCGGGAUAAUACAAGUCCUAUGUCAAUAUCCCUUACCAGCUGCCGGACAACUUCUGGUGACAUAGAUAUCAAGCUGAAUGGAAAAAGCGGCUUCCUGCAUAACUUCUUUAUCAAGUAUCUGAAGAAACCUAUUCACAGGAGCUUGGUCACUAAUUCAUGUCCCAAUAUCAGAGCUGGGAUCCAUUUGAUAGAUGAAGACCUCCGAUCGCUGAAUGUUGUAAUGCCAAUUGAUGAUUUGGCUGAAGUAGACUACUCCUUAAGUAGCUUGCCAGCAGUAUUCCAACCAUUCAUUGACCUGGACUUAAAGGGCACAGUCUUCCCAGCUGGAAACUAUACUGGCUCUCCCUACGUGGUAGCUCCCUUCACUGUCACAGACCAAAGAGACUCCAUGCUCUUCCUGGCCUUCUCUGAGUAUUUUUUUCAGACCUCCUCAUUUGCUUACUACACCGCAGGGGCCUUCAACAUGACCAUUGCAGAGGAGACCUGCAGCUAUUUUAAUAUAAGCACAGAGAUAUUUGGCAGUAUCAUCCCUGAGGUCGCCAAAUACUCAGUUACACCCUAUCCAGUAAUGUUGAAGCUAAUGGCUACUGAAAUACCUGUCAUCAGCUUAGAGCAGGAUUCCUUCACAGUAAAGAUUCAGGGCUCCAUGGAGGUGUUGGCUGUUCUGCCAGACUCAACCACCCAGUCGCUGUUCACAAUGAACGUAGCAGCCAACAGCAGCAUUUCUCUGAAUGUAUUUGAUCAGAAAUUGAUGGGCUCACUAUGUUUGAACAGGCUCCAGUUCUCCCUAGCCCACUCCAAUGUUGGCUUUUUUGAGAUCUCGCUUCUGGAGAACAUCCUGUCUUACAUUUUACAGACUGAAGUAAUUCCAUCAGCUAACGCCAAACUCUCAAAAGGAUUCCCUCUUCCCAAUCUGGCCAAUGUUACCUUGACGAGACCUCACAUUACAAUUGCACAGGGAUACAUAUUGAUUUCAACUGAUGUCCACUACAAACACUAAAGGAUAAGAGAGACCAUUUGUUAAGCACGAACUUCAAAUCAAGUCAAUAAUGUGACUCUGAAGACUAAACAAUGUCCACUUCUGCUGAAAUGUGUAACCUGAGCUCUGACAAGGGCAAUGUCAUCCUGGUUGGGGGCAAGGGGGAUACCAGGAAGCAAAAAAACCUGAUGGAAUGGUAUAAUGGUGGUAACAAACAUAGCCAAGGGAGAACAUGGGACACAUGUUUGACAUUAUUUAUUCUGGUGUUUAAUUGAUGCAGAAAUGUUUUUAAGAUUCAUGACUCUGUUGAAAUACAGUUUUGUCUAUACACUUGCAGAAAAGUGCUGCAGUCUCUUAAAAGAAGGAAAAGUACAUUGUCAAAAUGCUGCUAAGGCAGAUAUGGCUGCUAAUCUGUCUUUAUGGCAAUGAUCUUAAACACAUCCCUUCUGUUCAUGGUGCAUGAAAUAUAGAGUGAGCCCUCUCCAGGAUCAUGGAAUUGUCAUACUGGGAUCUGUCCCAAUUACAACAGGAACUAAAAUCUUUGCAGUUUCUUAACUGCAAUCUUAAGAUGCAGAAGUAGUUCAGGAAUAAAGAUGAAGUAGCACUACUACUGCCUUUGAUAGUCCUGCUCUCUCUGUGACUCUUCAAAUCCUUGUGCCUGUCAUGUGCCCACUUUAGCGCUGCAUGGCCAGGUUAGAUACAUUUAACUCCUCCAGUGUUUCUGGGUAAGUCCUGUAAGUCUAAUUCUCCAACAUCUUUGUCAGUAUUUCUCUGAAUUGAAAUAGUUACAAAUA